UCCUGUGCUCCUUCCGCUCAUUCUCCUCCUCCCUCUCCCCCGUCCCUCCCCCGCCUCUCCGCUCAACUUCCCCGCCCCACCCUCUCCCACUGCUUUGCAAUGGCCUCGUCUGGCGUCCUCAGUGGCGACCUUUCGGUCGGGGACCGUGUUGUCCCGGGCACCGUGCUGGCCGCGACGGCCGGCGCGCGCGCCGGGCGCGGGACCUUCGUCCGCACCCUCUCGCAGGAGGCCGGCGCCAGCGGCACCGAGCAGCUCCGCGUUACUGGGUCCAUUUGCGCCUCUUGCAUCGGGGUCAUCCAUCUGACGGAUCCCGAGCCGCAGGACGCCGACCAGCGCAAGAUCGUGUCCGUCCUCCCGGCCAAGACGUCCCCGUCGCCGGUGACCGGCUCGACGGUGCUGGCGCGCGUGACGCGCGUCUCCCCCCGGCAGGCGUCCAUGCUGAUCCUGUCGGUCGAUGGGCAGGCCCUCCCCCUGUCGCAUGUGCGUGUCGGCACCGGGGCCUACCGGGGUCUGCUGCACCCGCAGAAUGUCCGCCAGACCGAGCGCGAUCGCGUCCGGAUAGUCGAGACCGUGCGCCCGGGUGAUCUGGUGCGCGCGCGCAUCCUCGGCCCCGGUGACACGCGCUUCUACACCCUGUCCACCUCGUCGCCGGAGCUGGGUGUGGUGGUGGCCCGGAGCGCGUCCGUCCGGCCGGGGAGCGGCAUCUGCGCGGCCUCCGGCUUCGAUGACAUCACCGACAGCGAUCGCGAGCUCAUGGUGCCGGUUUCCUGGACCGAGUGUGUUGGCGUGGUGAGCGGCCACCGCGAGCUCCGGAAAUGCGCGCGGCCCUUCUAAUGCGCAGGGGCUUGGCCCGGCUCUCGGGGCCGCUCGCCUCCCCCUCCUCUCUCCCCCUCGCUCGCUGGCUCCCCAUGUCCCCCCCCCCCC